AUGAUCCGUAUUAGCAUCACCGUUGUCGCCGGCUCGAUUCACAAGGACACCGGCAUUAGAUUUGGCGUGCGCUCUAUCAAAAUUCACCCUGACUAUGAUCGUUCGUCCCAAGGUUACGACAUUGCUGUUUGGGAGGUGGAUUCUCCCUUCAUAUGGAGCGUAAAUAUUAAACCUGUUCGGAUUGCAAACAGCAGGGUAAAGGACGAGUGGCUCAUGACUCUUUCAGGAUGGGGAAAGACUGAGCAAUCAGUGGACAGGCUACCUGAUUACCUGCAGAAGGUAGAAGUGCGAAUCGUGAACAUGGACAAAUGCAACGCGCUUUACAGGGCAAAGCAUCACAUGCCAAUAAAAGAGAACCAAAUUUGUGCUGGUGGGAGAGGGAAGGACGCGUGCUUCGGCGAUUCAGGCGGUCCCCUGGUCAAGGAUGGCGUGCUGCACGGCGUUGUAGCGUGGGGAGAUGCAGAUUGCGUUUCAAUUCCGGGCAUCUACACCGAAGUUGCAUCCUUCGCCAAUUGGAUCAACAGCGCGAUCGCCACAGACAGAAAAUAAUUUAUUUAUUUGAAAGGUUGAAUAAACUAAGAACGCUUUUCCUAACUAGCUUUUUAUUUUAUUUGCGGAUUUUAGCUGAAAGUGUUGAGCUAACUAAGAAAGCACAUUUAAUUGCUUUGUUGCUAAAAAAAUGUUCAAAAGUAAAUGAACUUAUAAAACGCUUUAGCGAAAAUAAAUUUUUCUGAUUGAUUUUUGUGU